GAUGACUGGGGCAGCGCAGAGCGACCUUUAGGCUCAGAGACAGGAGAGAUAUCCGGGGCUGAUGGAGACGCCGGGGGAGAAAACCAGCCCCGGGCUUCUGAGGGACAUGUGACCAGGCGCCAGACCAGCCGGCCGGCCGCACAGACCGGGGAUACCGCACUUCUGAGCGGGCGGGACGGGCAGCGAAGGCUCUCGGUGAAAGGUAAGCUUAACUUCGGUACGACACUCGGCAGUGUUUCACACGAAGGCUCCCCCCCCCACCACUGCGGUGACUUUGUCCCCAACCGCCGCCACGUGCCAGCCGCCGCGCGACUCCGCGCGUGGAAGCGAAGCACAAACAGGAUCAUGUCUGCUCCAGAUGUGAUGGACUACAAACCCCUGGACGGGGGCUGGGGUUGGAUGGUGGUGAUUGGGGCCCAUAUCUCCAUUGGGUUUGCGUACUCCACACCCAAGGCCCUUUCGAUUUUCUUCAAAGAGAUUCAGAGUGACCUGGGGGCCAGUUCCAGCGAGAUAGCGUGGAUUUCCUCGAUCAUGCUCGCUGUCAUGUAUGCUGGAGGACCGGUGAGCGGUGUGCUGGUCAAUCGCUUUGGAAGCCGGCCCAUAGUCAUAUCGGGUGGACUGAUGUGUGGAGUUUCUAUGGUGUCCGCUUCUUUUGGGAGUUCAAUCGUUUAUCUUUACUUAUGUAUCGGCAUCAUUGGAGGUUGUGGGCUCUCCUUAAACCUGAAUGCCUCUCUCACCAUCAUCAGUAAAUACUUCCUUGCUAGGCGACCAUUGGCCAACGGACUCGCCAUGGCUGGGAGUCCGGUGUUCCUCUGCUUCCUGGCCCCUGUCAACCAAUACCUCCUGGGCCAUUUUGGCUGGAGAGGAAGUCUGCUUAUCCUUGGUGGUAUGAUGCUCAAUUGCUGCGUGGCAGGGGCCUUGAUGAGACCUGUCACCCCCCCUCAUAAACCAUCCUCAUGUCAAGCUCAACUAAAAGUGGAACAGCCAGCUGAGGGCAACACUAAAAUAAAGGCAAGCUGUCUGAAGAGGGCAAAGAAGUUUGUGGACUUGUCCUUCUUCAAGGACAGGGGCUUUAUCAUUUACCUCAUAGGGAAUGUGAUGUAUAUUUUUGGUGCCUAUGCUCCCAUUGUGUUCCUGUCGGCCUAUGCAAUUAGCCAAGGUGUGGAGGAGUACUCCGCAGCCUACCUGCUCUCUAUCAUGGGCUUUGUUGACAUGUUUGUUCGUCCAGGCACCGGUUUGAUAGCCAACAGCAAGUGGAUAAGGCCAAGAAUCCAGUACUUCUUCAGCUUUGCCAUGGUUUUCAACGGGGUGUGCCAUUUAGUGUGCCCACUGAUGAAGAGCUACCCCUUGCUGGUGGUCUAUGCGGUGUUUUUUGGAGUGGGCUUUGGCAUGGUCUUCGCCCUUAUUUUCGAAUGCCUCAUGGACCUGAUGGGGAAUCAGCGCUUCCCCAGUGCUGUUGGACUGGUCACCAUCAUAGAGUGCUUCCCCAUGCUGCUGGGACCGCCGGCUGCAGGGUUACUGGUGGAUGUCUUCGGCGACUACAAGUACCUUUUCUUCAUGUGUGGCGGUGUGAUAGUGGCGGGCGGGCUCUUUCUCUUCGUCAUGAAUGUCUACAACUACCACAUGCUGGAGAAAGAGAAGGCGGCAAAUAUCAGAGAGCAGAAGCAGGAGAGCCCGGGGAGCCCGGGGAGCCCGGAGAGCCCGGAGCAGGCCAGCAGCCCAGAGGCCCAGAUGGAAAUGAGCGGGCCGGAGAAGACGGAGAUGAACGAGGCCCAGCUGGAGACAGGGUUGGACAAUGCAGAUGGAGCUGAUUAG